GUGCAUUCGACCGCGGAUCAUAUAGCAGUGCGAAAUGUUGCGACUACUUAUCUUUGGGUUACUGCUAUCAACGAUAAAUACGUUUCCUUUAAAAGAUGAAGAGACCAUUAUCGAAGAGGUAGACACAAAGGAAAUCGAUGAUUUAAAAAAAAUUUUGAAUGACGUUUCUUACGUCACAAACUUCAAAAACAUGAUGGCGGAUUAUGUCAAAUCUCAAUAUAAAAAUUUGACAGUUUACGAUAUGGAAAAAAUACAAGAGUAUUUGGAGGAAUUCUGCCACAGAUUCGCAAGAGAUUUGAAAGAUAUCGUCGAAAAUAUCGACAAGGCCAGGACGAUUGAGAAAGUCGACGACAAUUUACCUGACAGUACUUUUGAUGACAUUAAAAAGUGUAUAAAAAAUGAACUGCCGAACGUAACGGACGAGACCGCGGAUCAAAUCACAUAUGUUUUGAGGAAGAAUAUAUUUGAAACGCGGCAAAACAUAGACGCUGUGAUUCGUAGUUCAAAAAUCGCAGCAGUUCUAAACUCGUAGAUUGAUCUUGAAGUUUUAUUUUAUUUUUAAUAUAAUUGGGAAACAUAACAGUACACACCACAUACAUUAUACAACAAUUAACUCGUUUACACACCAAUCAAGUUACCACUUAAAACUAAUUCAUGAAUGGCAGUAAACAAGCAAUUUAGUAAAUUAUAAACAAUAAUUAUGAAGAUUCAAACAGCUAACAAACAGCAAAACAAUAAAAUAUGACAAAUGCACACUAACUCUUUUUUUAAAUGUAUUGAGCGUACAAGAAAACAUGUCCAAGUCAUUAAUUCCUAUUGUAGCUCUUACAAGAACGUAUAUAUAUAUAUAUAUAAAUUCGUUUUGAGCAUAAUUGGUUUGAGUGGAGGGAAGUGGAUUAAUGCACUAUUGCGUGUGUUCACUUUUUUACAUCUAAAGUAAAUUUUGCUUAAAAGAUAUGACUAUCAUUUGUUAUUUAACUUUUUUUGGAGUAUAUUUAUGUUAUAAGAAUAAACGUGUGUAUUCUUUUGGA